UUGUAUGUGAUAGAAACGAAAUAAUAAAAUAAAGCUGCUCAUUCUCUAUAAAUAAAUAGAUUAUCAAAUCAGAACUCAAAUGUUAAGCAUCACCGGUAAAAUGACGGGUAACAUUAUGUUAAAGUACAAUAGUAAAUGGCAAACAAAUUAUUUAAGAAAGUAUCUACGGAAUACUUUGCAAAAUAUUCCACAACGCUCUCAAACGACAGCAAAUCUCGGGACAACAAAUGAACCAAAUUCCUUUCAAACCGAAUGGCAAAAGGCCAAACCUUAUGAAGAGAUACCAUCACAAUCGAAAAUCGCUGGUUUGCUAAACUAUCUACCGGGUGGAAAAUAUUAUAAAAUGGGUCCUGCAGAUCUUAUGAUGGCCCUUAAAAGAGAUUUGGGUAAUAUAGCCAGACUACAUGGUUACUUUGGUCGAGAGGAUAUGGUGGUAACACAUAAUGUUGAUGAUUUUGUAACAGUUUUACGUAAUGAAGGUAUUUGGCCUGCCCGACCGGGUCUAGAUGCUAUACACUAUUAUAGGCAUGUGUAUAGACGUGAUUUUUUCCAGGGAGUAGAAGGAAUUAUAACAACUCGUGAUGAAAAAUGGGCCACCUUUAGAUCGGCUGUAAAUCCCGUCUUAAUGCAACCUAGAAAUGUUCGUUUGUAUAUGCAUAAAAUGUCGCAAGUUAAUAGGGAAUUAGUGGAGAGAAUCCGUCAAAUACGUGAUCCAAAAUCCCUAGAAGUACCCGAUAACUUUAUCGAGGAAUUAAAUCGUUGGACUUUAGAAUCUAUAUCUGUUGUCGCCCUAGACAAACAGUUGGGUUUGAUCACCAGAAAUCGUGGAGAUCCCCUGGUCAAAGAACUAUUUAAAGCUAUAAAUGGUUUCUUUAAAUAUGGCAUGGAAGUGGAAUACAAACCCUCCACAUGGAAAUAUUAUAAAACUAAAUCUUUUCGAAAUUUAAUGCAAAGUUUAGAUUCAAUGUUAAGCCUAACCAAUACCUAUGUCAAUGAAGCCAUAAAACGUUUGGAACAAGAAAAGCUGAACGGUGCAGCAGAAAAACCGGAACAUGAAAAAAGUGUUUUGGAAAAGUUGAUAAAGAUUGAUAAGAAAAUUGCCACCGUUAUGGCCAUGGAUUUGCUAAUGGCAGGUGUGGAUACCACUUCUUCUACAUUCACCGGUUUGCUAUUGUGUUUGGCCAAAAAUCCCGCUAAACAGGCUAAACUAAGAGAAGAGAUUUUAAAAAUUUUACCUCACAAAGAUUCUGAAUUCACGGAAGAGUCACUAAAAAAUAUACCCUAUGUAAGGGCCUGCAUUAAAGAAUCUCUACGCAUGUAUCCCAUUGUUAUUGGCAAUACACGUAUACCUGCCCAGGAUGUAGUAUUAAGUGGUUAUCGUAUACCUAAAGGAACCGCAGUGACUAUGGUUUCUACCGCUUUAAACUAUGAUGAGUUACAUUAUCCUCGUGCCAAGGAAUAUAUACCGGAGAGGUGGUUACGCUCGGAAAACGAUAGUGGAAAUCAAAAUUCUACACAAUGUCCUCAUUCUUUAAGGCCCAGCAAUCCAUUUGUUUAUUUACCAUUCGGUUUUGGUCCUAGAAGUUGUAUAGGACGUCGUAUUGUUGAAAUGGAACUAGAAUUGGGUAUUGCUCGUAUUAUCAGAAAUUUUCAGGUGGAAUUUAACUAUUCCACCGAUAAGGCCUUUAAGAGCUUGAUGAUAAAUGUACCUCAAAUACCAUUGAAAUUUAAGUUUACUGAUAUUGAGAAUUAAAAAUGUAUAUUUUUGUGGGCAGAUCUAAAUAUAUAUAAUAGACAUUGUCCACGUGCAUUUGUUAUUUAAUGGAUGUGAUAAUUUAAAAAAAAAUAAAUUUAUUUAUCAAAUGUAAAUUUGUACGUUCAAGUU